AUGGACAACCUCAACAACUCCGUCAUCGAAGCCAUUGACAGGGUUCGUCGUCUUGGUGGUGCUCACCUUGCCAACAACCUCAUCUUCUGCCACGGUGACCUUCGCAAUCCCAACGAUUUGGAGGCACUCUUUUCCCACCCAGACCAAGCAAUUGCUAAAUUUAACUGCAAGAACAUGGUUAUUUCCUCCUCCGCCACUGUUUAUGGCCAACCUCAUCAAGUGAUAUUGGCGGAUCAUUCUGCUGAGGUUGCUCUUGGCAGAUUGCCUGAGCUCAAAAUUUCUGAUCAUGAUUAUCCCACCAAGGAUGACACCCCAGUGAGCCAUUCAAUCUCCUUCGUUCUUCUUCACCUUGCAAAUUACGUUGCCAGUAACCAUUUAUGA